CAUAGAACGCCUGACAAAAAUCGUACUUUCCACGUAUGACUUCUGUCACGCUGACAAGGCAUUUAUCGAUAUUUGUACCUCGGAAUGGGUGAUAUGGCUGUACCAGUUGGCUCCAGUGGAGUGGUUGAGUUGAGAUGCGCAGUUCAAUGUUAUGCCUGGGGUAAGAUUGGCCUUAAUAGUGCAGUUGCCCAGCUUGCUCAACAUAGUCCACCAUUUAAGCUUGAAGAGGACAAGCCCUAUUCUGAGUUUUGGAUGGGAACACAUCCAAAUGGACCAUCAACAGUGCUAGGUGGAGAAAAGGAGACGUUUUUGUCUGACUGGAUUGAUGCAAACUUAGAUGUUCUAGGACCCACUGUAAAAGAGACCUUUGAUGGCAAACUUCCAUUCCUGUUCAAAGUGUUAUCAGUCAACAAGGCGUUAUCAAUUCAAGCACAUCCAAACAAAUCUCAUGCAACUGUGCUUCAUAAAGAGAGACCUGAAAUAUACAAAGAUCCUAACCAUAAACCAGAGAUGGCCAUUGCUUUGACACCAUUUGAAGGCCUUUGUGGUUUUCGACCACUGACUGAAAUCCAGAAAUUUGUAAAUACAGUUCCAGAAUUUGCUGAAGUCAUUGGACAAGAUGCUGCCAAUGCCCUUGCAAGUGGUUCAGAUUCCCUAGCCCUGAAGAAAGCUUUCGCAGCUCUCAUGACAAGCAACCCAGAUAUUGUCUCUCAACAGCUUAAUCAACUCUUGGAGAGACUUAGAGAGAAGAAAUCUUCGGGUCAUGACAUCUCUGAUCAGUGCGGAGACUUAGUCUUGAGAUUGAACAGCCAAUUCCCAGGAGAUGUUGGUUGUUUUUGUAUUUAUUUUCUAAAUCAUAUUGUCCUUCAACCUGGUGAAGCAAUGUUUCUGGGUCCAAAUCUGCCCCAUGCAUACCUGGCAGGAGGUAAUGAAUGUUACAAGUUAAAAAUUACUUAGUUUUAAUUUCCUAGUUAAUGCAGGUUAUUAUUUUGGUAACACACAAAAGAUAAUUCCAUAACAUCUGCGAUCAAGGCUUGAAUCCUUAAUGCAAAUAAUUUAGAUCCCUGACACCUGUUUACAAGGCUACAUACUCGUGAAGCCUCAAGCAGGAUCAUCACAUCUUUGUUUAUUACUUUGUGUAAUCGUUGGGCCUAAUAUUAGUCAUACCUUUCCUUGACCCUAUCAGUCCAUCUGUAUAUUACUACGAUUAUCAGUUGAAUAAAGCGCAACAAAAGUUUGGUCACCAGGUUUUAACAUGAAAAUUUUGUUGUUGCCACAGGGAACUGGCUCUGUUUCUGGUGGAAACUUGUCAGUCUUUGACGUCAUUGGCAACAAAGUACACGAAAUUGUAGGCGAUG